AUGGCCACACAAGCCGAUACCCUAUCUAAAAGUCGCAGUGAAUAUACUGUAGGAUGGAUUUGCGCGCUUCCCAAGGAGCAGACUGCGGCAAUGGCCAUGCUGGACAAGAAGCACCUAGAUCUACCCCAACCAUCCAACGACCACAACAUAUACACCCUAGGAUCCAUCGGCAAGCACAACAUCGUUAUAGCCUGUCUACCGAAAGGCAGGUACGGCACUAAUUCAGCCGCAACUGUCGCUACUCAGAUGGUACGGACAUUCCCAUCCAUUAAAAUUGGCCUCCUGGUUGGCAUUGGCGGCGGCAUCCCACCUAAGGUCCGACUCGGUGAUGUAGUGGUUAGCACACCCGUGGGUGGAUUUCCUGGUGUAGUCCAGUGGGACAUUAGCAAGACAAAGGACGGCAACUUCGAGCGGACAGGGUCGUUAAAUAAUCCACCAACAUCACUUCUCACUGCCUUGACGGAGCUGGAGACGGAGCAUGACUUGAAUGGGACAAAAAUACCUGAGUUUCUGGACGAGCUAAAGCUGAAGUGGCCAAGGCUGGCACCGAGGUAUCUAAAAUGUGAUUCCUACGAGGACCCUUUGCACAUUCACGAGUUCCAUCAUAGCCAGAGCAGAUGGAAAACCAUAUUGACUCUCUGGGAGAUGAUCUUGGCACUUGUCACAUAUCUGUUCGGGUGGCGGGAGUUUACUCCCAGCCAAAGUAGGCCCGAGCAAGUGGCAAGCAAUGCAAUGGACACUAUAGGUGAUGGGGGCCAACACAAGCCUAGACAUGUUCGCGUGCACUAUGGGUUGAUCGCAUCGGGCAAUCAAGUGAUCAAGGACGCUAUCUUUCGAGAUAAACUCGACCGUGAGUUUGGCGGUCACAUUCUUUGCGUCGAGAUGGAAGCAGCGGGACUUAUGAACAACUUCCCAUGCAUCGUCAUUCGAGGAAUCUGUGAUUAUGCAGACUCACACAAGAACAAGGAAUGGCAGGAACAUGCUGCAACUGUGGCCGCGGCGUUUGCAAAGGAGCUGCUAGAAUAUGUGCAACCGCCUGAUGUUGAUGAAGUCAACCCGGACUUCAGGGACAGCGAUGGGCCAACACCGCUAUCAUUUGCCUUGCUGAAAGGGCACGAGUCAGUAGUGGAGCGGCUUGUGGCGACAGGUAAAGUCGACCAGGACUCCAAAGGUAGUAAUGAGCAGACACCGCUGUCCCUAGCUGCGGAGCAUGGGCAUGAGGCAGUGGUAAUGGUGCUGCUCAAUGAAUGCGUUGAUCUGGAGUCCAAAGACACUCUAUGGGCUGAAGCCGCUAUUGUUGGCUGCACAGAAUGGGCACGAGGUAGUGGUCAGGCUUCUCCUCGAAAAGGGAGCUGA